UUUGUUUUGAUUUGUAUUCAAGUUUGGGUUUGAAAGUGAUUAUCGUGUUUUUAACAUAAAAAUACCCAAUAGUUAUAGACCAUGGCUGAAUUCAAGACACCGGUGAAGAAACCGAACCCUCUGAACAGUGACAAAAUUACGAUACCACCUUCCCCUUUCCUCAACCGAUUGGGAUAUGGAACCGGUGUUUCAGUGAUGCAGCUGGUGCGGUCCCCCCGGGCGGGGCAGAUCCGCUCGCCGUGGGCAUUGAAGAUGAUAAACAAGCGAGUGAAACCCUGCAAGGUCUACUCCGAGCGUCUGCAAGCCGAAGCAGACUUGCUGCAGCGCAUGGACCACCCAAACAUCGUGGGCUUCCGCGCGUUCGACAAGACCAAAAUACUGUACCUCGGCAUGGAAGCCUGUGACAUAUCGCUGGGAGACAUGAUUGAGAAGCGAGUUGAGGCGGAUUGUGAGCCGUUCAGCCCUAGGCAAAUGUUGAAGGUGGCCCUCGACAUCAGCGGUGCGCUGGACUACCUGCACACCAAGAUGCAGAUUCUGCACGGAGACAUGAAGUCCUACAACAUCCUCGUCAAUGGAGACUUUGUCAUCUGCAAGCUCUGCGACUUCGGAGUGACCCUGCCAUUGGACGAGAACGGAGUCUUUGACAAGGAGAAAUCUAACAAAGCAUUGUACUAUGGCACAGAAGCAUGGAGCGCGCCGGAAGUAAUGCAAGGUGGUCCCAUCACGUCCAAGACGGACCUGUUUCCGUUCGGCCUCACUCUGUGGGAAAUGAUGGCUCUGUCGCCGCCGCAUUCGCUCACAGACCAGGAUGAGACCAUAGACGAGUCUGUCGUGUCUGUGGACUCCGCUUGCGACAGCGAAAUGAGCUUCAGCGAACAGUUCGAGAAGUAUGGAACCCGACCACCCAUCCCGGGCAACAUCUCCGAGAAGGUCUACUCCGACCCCCUAAUGCUGUUCUACUGCUGCACAGAAGAGGCCCCCGCGAGCCGGCCCAGCGCCGCGCAGCUGCAUCACGUGGCCGAGGAGAUGAUGAAGCGGGGGCUGGACUGAUGUUAGAUGGUUGACUUUGCUCUUGUAGGGGUUGGGGGUAGAGGUUGAUGGUGUUUUAAGUAAGAGUCGCAUCAAACGGAUUGUCAUAAAUAUAUGGAGAGACGGCGUUGCGUGAAUUUCUAUGCAGAGGAUACCAGAGUGGUGUGAGAUGCUUGACUUCGUUGUGUAGAGGUUGG